UAUCAUUUGUAAAAUAAUGACAUAAUCACAAUGUUAGUAUGGUUGUUAGUUUGGUUAGUUUACACAAGCAGUUUACAAAAUAAUAUUUUAUAAUGGAAGCUUCAUAUUGUUUGUGUGGUCAGCCUUACGAUCCUAAUAUAUUUAUGAUACAAUGUGAUGCCUGCAAAGACUGGUUCCACAGCAGUUGUUGUAACUUUCAAGAACAUUUAGCCAUAGAAAUCGACAAGUACCACUGUCCCAAGUGCGCUCCAAUCUUCGGGCCCUCGAUUUAUAAACCGUACCGUAACUGGCAUAGACAUGACUAUUGGGACGAGGACGCCACCACCAAGCCCGUGCAGACGGGCACUGGGGUGUUCAUCAGAGAGCUGCUGGCCAGGCAUUUCGCAAGCGAAGGCGAGGUUGUCGUGCACAUGAGAGGUCAGCAGAUUACGGAAACGCUGCUUCAACAGCAAGGUUUCAACAACCCCAUUGUGGUCGACGGCAAGGACGGCCUGGACAUGACCCUCCCCCCUGACAACUUCAGUCUCUACGACGUGGAGUCGUACGUGGGCGGGGACAUGGAAAUCGACGUAAUCGACGUUACGAGACAAUGUAACAUCAAGAUGAAGCUGCGGGAUUACGUCGAAUACUACAAUAGUCUGAACAGAACGCGCGUCUUCAACGUGGUCAGUUUGGAGUUCUCAAAGACAGCCUUAGCGCCUUUGGUGGAAGCCCCCUCAAUCGCCCGCAAGCUGGACUGGGCGAACAUCGUCUGGCCCCGCGAUUUCCCCCUCGAGCGGCCCCAAGUCCAGAAAUACUGUCUCAUGAGUGUCAAGGACUCCUACACCGAUUUUCACAUCGACUUCGGGGGCACCAGUGUUUGGUACCACGUCCUAAGGGGCGAGAAAAUCUUCUAUCUCAUAAGACCAACCCCCGCCAAUUUAACCCUCUACCAACAGUGGAUGACUUCAAGCAACCAGAGCGAAACGUUUUUCGGCGAUCAAGUCGAUCGGUGCUACAAAUGCAUUCUGAGGCAAGGACAAACGAUGAUGAUCCCCACAGGGUGGAUUCAUGCCGUUUUAACACCGAUUGAUUCACUCGUUUUCGGGGGAAAUUUCCUACAAAGCUUGAACAUACCCAUGCAGCUGGCUGUUUAUGAUAUAGAGAAAAAGGUGAAAACGGACGCCAAGUACAGGUACCCGAACUUUGAACUAAUCAAUUGGUUUGCCGCCUCGCAUUUGCUAAAAAAAAUCUCGGAACUCAACAGUGAGGACAGGAAAUGUCCCAAUCAUUUACUGGUCGGACUUAAGACCUUGCUAAUAACUUUGAAACAGUGGAAUUCGGAGAAAGACUACAACACAAGUGUGAGGGAUCAAAUCCCGUACACUAUAAAUCCAGUCCAGUUGUUGAAAGACAUGUCGCGCGAAAUACGACAUGCGGAGCGAAUUAUUAAUCAGCUAAAUCCGCCGAAACCGGAACGUGAGUCAAAACGGAAGAGGCGACGACCAAUAAACCGGGAUUUCGUCGAUUAUUCCCUCUCGCCUAAAUCCUCUGCUCAAGAUUUUAUAUCAGAAACGAAAGAUUACGCCCGCCAACCCCCCCUGAAAUUAUCGCUUCCGAAACCAGUGACUUAUCCAUACGAUCGACCAAAUUUUAUGGAGCAACGAAUUAAUGUAGAGGAGCAAAGUUGGCUAUCGCCCCAAUUUUCGCGUCCCGAACAAACAACAGCCAUACAUCGGGGCGGUGCCGUCUUAAAAUUCAAAUUAGGAUCUAAGGAUAUUCUGCCACACAGCCACGCUGACGACAUUCCAGAAGAACAGUUUGAUUUCAAAUCUGUAUAUGAUUUCCAUGAUGAAAGUGAUAGAGAUGAAGACUGCUUUAAUUUUACAAUCGACGAGAAUCCGCCGCCAAAAAAAAGUAAAAAGCAAAGUUCGGCCAAAUUCAAAUUUCCAGCAAAUUUCGACGAGAAGGCGAAAAAAGGGAAAGAUCCGGUGAUAGACAUCGACGGUGAUUUGCCAAAAAACGGGAUCGAAUCUCUACUAAAAGCCUCUGCUCUUACAACAACUGACAACAACGGACGAACUUCGCCUUCUACCCAAGAGGCGAUCGCUGGAAUGCUCUCAAUCAGCCAAACGUACCUACAAUCGGGCAAAGCCAACGCCAGAUCUGUUCGCAAAUACAGCACUAGUCCGCCUUUAGAAGACGGAAACCUCAAUAACGUCCACCAGGACGAAGAUUACAUUUACCCAUCCUUGGAUAAUUCCGACGACGAGGAUAUCCACAUAUUCAAACCCCGAGGGCGUUCGAAAAUCGACGAGGCCUGGAACCCGAAGGCCAGAGUCGGGCCUUUGCUGCCGAAAAUGAACAGACCGGCCCGCGAAGGGACAAAAAAACAGUCAGUUGAGAAGGUGCUAGAAGCCGCUGCUGCGAGAAGGGCCAACGAAACACCCGAAAAAGCGCCGAAACGACAAUACCGGCGGAAAAAAAUCAAGCAAAAACUGGAGAUUAAAAGCCCGGCUUCCAACACAGUCGCGGUGGGAAGCAGCUCUUCAGCCUCGACUCCCAAGCCGCGGAAAGGCAUGAAGACGGUCAAACAACGGCUGGGGAAGAUCUUGAAAAUCCACAAAAUGAUGCAUUGAUAAUAACUCUGUGUUAGUUUGAUUUGGUUGAUUCUUACGUGUUCAGGAAGGUCCGCAGAGAACUAUUAUUUAUUGUUAUCGUUACGUUUCGUUAGGCAAAUUUACUCCGUCAUAGUUAAUUUUUCCUACUGGUCCAUAAAUUGUGGUUUCGUUUUCAAUACUCAGUGCCAUGGUGGUACUAGCUGUUCGUCAGUAUUUUAUUCUUAUGGUAAAGUAACAUUAAUUAGGUCCUAUGGUAUUGUAUUGGUUAGUUUUGUUGGUAUUGUAUAUAUCGAGUCUCAGUUAAUUUAAUUAUGUAAAAGUAUUGAACGAUAAUCAGGGAAUUUUUAUUUGUAAUUAUUCACGAUGUAAAUAUUGUUGAUUUCUGUGAUCGUGCAAAUCAAUUUGCAUUUUAACAUAGUUUCGAAUUGAUGCGUCCUUAUCCACUCACUUGCGCGGUAAGUGGAUAAUCACGGAUUCAUGAAUUAAUUAAAAAUGAAUUGUUAUUAAGAUAAUACACACAUUUCCACAAA